ACCCGGAAUCAAGCCAUUAAAUUCUAAAGUUACUCCAGUCCAAACUCCGAGUAGUAUGUAUCUUGUUAACGCAAUCUGCAACACACCGAAGACAUCGCCAGUAAUCCCGCCAUCACAAAAUUUCUUCUUCCCACAAGUUGGAUAUGUACUGAACGGCAAGCAAGCGAAUUUCAGGGAAACACAUGGCGCAUAUAAUGGAAGCUUCCUUACCAUCAAGGCUCUUUAUUGACUUCCUAUGCAACUUCCCCUCGAUAUAUCUCGCAACAAUCAAUUGGGACAACCUAAACUCAUCUGUCAACGGGAAACUUUUUCAAUACGCGCCAUUUGCAAGAGCAUGUUUCAAAGAUGCGGAAGGGGUUGUAGGAGCAUAUGACGCGAAUGCUUGCGCGUUCGCGCAGGCUCACUAUAGCGAUGGCCAAUACCGCGACACGAUUCCUUCAUCCUAUCAAGGCCUUCAAUGGGAGACUUGCCCCUCCACGGGGGAGUCUUGUCUCUUGGAUUGGAUGAAUCCGCUUAAUGAAGCAGCUUUCGAUUAUCCCAAAACUUGCCAGCAAGGGAGUAUACCAGCAUAUUUUCUGGAGGUCCAAAGCGCGUCUGACGUUCAAGACGCGUUCAAGUUCUCUGUAGAGACUGGCGUGGAUCUCGUUGUGAAAAACACUGGCCAUGAAUUCCAAGGCCGUAGUGCACGACCAGGUUCACUUGCGUUGUGGACGAAGAAUUUACAAAAGAUAUCAUAUGAGCCUGCCUGGAUCCCUACUGGAUGUGAAGAUAUCGCUCCUCGAACUGCUGUCCGACUGGAGCCGGGAAUAACAUUCAAUGAUCUUUACGCAUUCGGUGAAGCAAACAAUAUCACACUACCUGGUGGUUCUACACCUUCAGUCUCUGCUACAGGAGGAUACGUCUUGGGUGGAGGGCAUGGUGGAUUGUCUAAUACAGCGGGACUCGGUGCUGACAGGGCUUUGGAAUUCACCGUCGUAGUACCCACGGGAGAUGUUCUGAUUGCGAAUGCCUGUCAGAAUCAAGAUUUGUUCUUCGCACUUAGAGGAGGAGGUGGAGGCACAUUUGGUGUAGUAAUAGAAACAGUGACACUUGCUUUGCCUAGAACACCUAUCCAAGUAGUCACCCUGGAUGGAUUAUCAACCGAUGUUAACACGACCAGAGCCUUUUGGAAGGUACUGGUGGACAAUAGUCUCGUCUGGGCUAAUGCUGGAUGGGGCGGCUACGCUGCUGCGACGAGCUUGCAGUAUAUAAACCCUUUACCAAUAUCAGAAGAGGACGCUCAGACAUCUAUGCAACCUCUAACAGACUUCGCAGCGCAAUUGGGGUUGACCGUAAUCCAUGAGCAAUACGAAUCUUUCGCAGUGUUCUAUCAACAGAUCUUAGAGCCGCUCUACGCAAUCUCCGGCUUUCCACUGUCGACGUCCUCCCGCCUGCUCCCAGCACAAAACUUUGAAACCCCAGAAUCAAGAGAGGAACUACUGGACGCGCUUUUGAAUGCUAGUGCAAAUCAUUCUCUGACAUAUGUCUUCGCAACAACCCCGUAUGCAUAUAAGGCGGACAAUUUAACAAGCGUCACACCCGCAUGGCGAGACUCCCUCCUAUUGAUUGAGGUCUUAGAUACAUUGGAAUACAAUACGACUGCUUCUGAACAGAGGAAAGUAAUUGAGGGGCUCAGCAAGUCUAUGGAUUUCCUGAGAAAUAUCACACCAACUUCGGGCACUUACUUUAGCGAGUCAGAUCUAUAUGAGCCCGACCAUGAAAGGUCUUUCUGGGGAGCCAACUACGAGAAAUUGGCAGAGAUUAAGCUCAAAUAUGAUCCUCUACAUGUUCUGGACUGUUGGCACUGUGUAGGAUGGAAGGGGCGCAGCGACCAGGCAUACAGCUGUUAUCCAUAGUUUAUGUAGGUUUAUGUAUCCUGUACAGCAAUCAUAAAAUAGACCUAGCAUGGAUAACUCAGAAACUUACAGAGAGAA